CCUUUCAUUGCUAUCGUUGGCAAUUCCCUUGAUUUAUUCCUUUGAUUCCUGCCAUGGUGUGCCCAACUCAUGGAGAGGUCCGAGGCAUGGCUUGUGCCAGAAGUGGAUUUGCUGUUGUCCGGAAAUCCUGGCAACGAAGAUGCAGUAUACCAGCUCCUUUCCGAGGGCAAUACGCUCACACGGUGGGCACGGCGGCCAGCCGAAGCCACUUGUGUGCUAAACGGCUUGGCCAAGUUAAGGCGUACCAUCUUGGCACUUCAAGUCCUGAAGGUCAUGCAGCGUGCCGGUGUGGAGGUGAAUGUUUUCCACUACUCUUCUGCCGCAUCAGCAUGCGAAAAGUCAGGACAGUGGAUGCUGGCCGUUCAAUUGCUGGCCGACAUGAAGGGCGGGAAUGUCCAGCCGAACGUCUUCACCUUUGGCUCUGCGGUGAGCAGCUGCGGGGUGGCCGCCUGCUGGGUGGAGGCUUUGGCACUUCUCGCUAUGGCGGAGGCGGCAGAUGCUGUGAAUGCCUUUGCCUUCAGCGGUGCCAUUGCUGCAUGCAAGAACAGUGGGGAGUGGGAAGCUUGUCUUGGCCUCCUCCAAACCAUGGCGGACAUGAAGGUGCAAAGAGAUGCCGUUUGCAUCAGCAGUGCCAUCAGCGCUUGCGAGAAGCGUGCAAGGUGGCAAGCAGCCAUACACUUGCUGCAGUCAAUGCAGGAGGGUUGGAUGAGGCCAAAUCUGGUGGCUGAAAAUGCUGCCCUGAGCGCAUGUGAGAAAGCCAGGCGCUGGCAGCAUGCUUUUGCACUGUUCAGGGAGCUGCCACGGAAGCGCCUCAAAGCCGACAAGAUCAGCUACAACGCGAUGAUCAGCGCCUGUGCCAACUCUGGACACUGGGAGCUAGCUUUAAUGCUGUUGGAGGAGUUGUUGAGGAUGAAACAGCCAGACGCUGUGAGCUACAGCGGGGUGAUUUUGGCCUGUGAGCGAGGGAGCAGAUGGCAUUUGGCAAUGGAGCUCCUCCACCUUAUGAGAGCUGCAGAAAUUCUGAUGGAUGUCAUCAGCUGCGGCAGUGUCAUGAGUGCCCUUGAGCAAGGAGGUGAAUGGCGCUCUACCAUUGCGUUGCUAGCGCAGAUGCCAAGUCGGAUCCUAACACCGAACCCCGUCACCAUCAGUAGUGCAAUCAGUGCAUGUGAUGGAGGAAGUCAGUGGCGUGCAGCCUUGCGACUUUUUCAUGCUACACCUGGGCAAGCAGAUGCCUUCUGCUGCAAUGCGGCCAUGAUGGCUUGCGAGAAGGUCAGCCAGUGGGAGUCAGCUUUGCUGAUGUUCCACUUGAUGCCAUGCUACACAGUGCAGCCAGACUUCAUUAGCUACACCUCUGCCAUGGUUUGCGCUGAUGCGGGUUGCAAAUGGACUCACUUUGCGGCGCACUGCGACCAUGAGUCUUUCCUGUUGAUGAACUUUUUCCAUGCUCAGAGCCGAAAAGGCCAAGGGCAGCAAGGCUCGUCAAAAAAGCUCCGGCUGGACAGCGAUCUCACGGCUCCUCCAACCGCGGGGCUUAACCUCAGAACCACAAUGUGCAAGCGCAUGUCUUGCACGCCGUGCAGACUGACCACGUGGAGUUCCACCAGAAGGAGACAGCAAAGUUGACGCUCCGGAUUCGACUCAAACAGA